AUGGCAUCCAACCUCGCCCUCCGGCUCUGGGGCGCUGACCCCAAAGACCGCGCGCUGCUGGCCAAGCUCGACUUCACGCUGCUGCCCUAUUUCUCGCUCAUCUGGUUCCUGUUCGGCGUGACGCGCGCCAGCUACUCGUCCGCGUACAUCAGCGGCAUGAAAGAAGCGCUGGGCUUCGAGGGCAAGGACUACAACUACAUGAACACGGUGUAUCUGAUCACCUACGCCGUGUGCCAGAUGCCCGGGACCAGUCUGCUGACUAUCGCCCGGCCGAAAUACGUCUUUGUGGCUGCAAACGUCACCUGGAGUGUUCUCACGCUCGUCACGUACAAGACGACCCGCGCGUGGCAGUCUGUUCCCUUCGUCACCUACUUCAGUCUUCAUGCUGACUCGUCCAGCGUCGGUGCGCAAUUCAUCCUCGGCUCGUGGUACAAAAAGUCGGAACUGGGCACUCGCGCCGCCGUGUUCUGCUGCUUCGGCCAGCUGGGCAGCAUGGCCGGCGGCUGGAUCCAGGCCGGCUUGCUGCAGACGCUGGCAGGAAGAGGAGGGCUGCCGGCGUGGAAAUGGAUCUUCAUCAUUGUGUCCGUGAUGACGCUGCCUAUCGCCCUGUUCGGAUGGGUGUUUAUCCCCGAUCUCCCUGCUCAUCGCGCAGCUUGGUAUCUCACUGACGAGCAGAAGGAACACGCAGCCACACGCCUGGGUUGCACGCCCAAGCAGUCGUGGGAUCUAACCGUGUUCAAGCGGGUGUUUCUGAGCUGGCAAUUCUAUCUGCUGCCGCUGAUCUUCAUGCUUUACUCGCUGUGUGUCCAGUCCCUGGGCAACAACGUCAUGCAGCUGUGGAUGGCGUCUCGCGGGUACAGCGUCGUCCAGCAGAACAACUAUCCCACCGGCGUCUACGCCACCGCCAUCGUCGGCACGGUGGUCUACUCGGUCAUUUCCGACCGGCUGGGCUCGCGCUGGGAAUGCUCCGUCGCCGUCGGCCUGACGUUCGUCGUGGGCAGCGCCAUCCUGGUCAGCAACCCGCCCUCCGACGCCGGCUACUUCUUCGCCUUCUACCUGCUGGGCACGACGUACGCGCCGCAGGCCAUCUGGUACUCGUGGAUGGCGGACGUGACGAGCCACGACGUGCAGCUGCGCGCCAUCACGACCGGGUUCAUGAACUCGUUCGACUUUGCCUUUGUGACCUGGUGGCCGCUGAUCUUCUAUCCGGUGACGGAUGCGCCCAACUUCCGCAAGGGCUACAUCGCCAGCCUGGUGACGGGGGCCUUGACGCUGCCGUUCAUCCUGCUGAUUGCGUAUCUGGAGAAGCGCGAUACGGCCAGGGGGGUUAUUGGCCGACAGCCGAUCGAAGUGAGCAGCGAGGGGAGUUCCGAUGUGCAUAAAUCUGGCGAGAGAGUGAACGUCGCCAGCCAGCUAGUUGGCAGUGAGGCUCAUUCAGACAGGGUGUGA